AUGGGAGCGUCAUUGACCGACGAACCAUUUUUGACAAGUCCUUUAUACACCCCCCAGAACUGUUCGAGCUCGCGGAACUCUCGUUCCAACUCUUUUAACUCGUCUGCGUCAUUAUCACCAUUUCCAUCGUCCGUAUUCAACUCUUUAAAUUCACCACUUGAUAGAUUUGAAAUGCAAGGAGUACAAAGAUUUGCGAGUGGAAGUAUGUCAGGAUCUGUUUCCAGUCUUCGGAGCGAGCAUGGACGUAACCGAAUUACACAAACCUCCAGGAAUUCAAGUAUAAGCAGACACAGUUUUCUGAAGAGCCAGACGAUGGAUGUUGCACAUGAUUCACCGUCAAGAUACGCCUCUUCUGGAGGAUCUCGUCGUAAAAGACCUCUAACUUCUUGGGCACGCAUCGGCAUGAAAGCUAUCAAAAUGAUCGGAGGAGCGUGUUGGAGAUGCCGAAUUCUGGGUAAAAGUGUACAGAAGAGAAUCCCUUGCGAUACUUGCCCAAAACGAAGCAAAGCUGGCAAAACAGCUUGGACGCAAAUUGGCUGUAAGCGAGGUACACUUUCAGAGGAGAUGGAGUCUAUCGAUCUCUGCCCAAAAUCAUAUUCCCAACCAAUGCCUUCUGGUAUCGAUAUUUUGUGUCUUCAAUGCCAGCGUCAUUGGUGCCAAAGCUCAAACUCGCACGAAAGCAGAUAUCCAAAAUGUCAAAUAAUUGAUGCAAAGGUAAUUGGACCUUUCAUAUCCGAUCUCAAAAACGAUUACGUGGAAGAAGCCGCAAGAAGACGAAAAAAGGAUAUAGCAAAAUAUGUCUUUAGAGAAUAUUGGGCGACCUUCUCGCCCCUAUCGUUGGCUGGCACUUACUUCCCAAAUCAAGCUUCAAUGCCGUCACUUAUUGCCCUUGAUCAAUGUACCAUGGCAAUAGUGUGGGAAAUUGUAGAAGAUUCUUCACACCUUCAAAGUCUACCAACAUUUCUCAACCCUCCAGAAAGGCCACUCGAUGAUCUAGUUAUAUUGUUGCGGUCUGCUUCGAUUUAUCAAGCAAAAUUAGAACCAGCGAACAAUAUUCCCUUUGAAAAGUCAAGCGAGGAUAUGAUAGAAUUAAUGCUCGAUAUGGGUUUGCCAGUGCCAUGUGCAUUUAAGUAUCAAUUUGAUAAUGGCGUCUUCCGGGGCAGAGUGUUUGUUAACUUUGUCGAUAACAGGCAGGCGAGCCAAGCUAUUGAUGCUCUACAAAACUUUGAACUUGAUGGAAAAACUUUGCAAGUCGAAUUCAAAAAUCACAUACCGCGACUAGGAGAAAGAGGAACCUCCUCAAAUUUCUGUAAGGACAGGAAUGUGGAUGCUUUAAUGUCCGCAAUAAAGCGGUACAUUGAGCAACUAUCGAAGGUUUUCUUCAAAAAGGAGAAUUUACGUGGCAAGACAUGGUGGUUAUCAGUCUUUUACAGUCUAGUCAUUCAAAGUUUGGUUCGUGCGAUCAUGAAAGCUAUCAUUGGAGACGGUGGAGCCGAGAUUCCUUCAAGUAUAAACCAGUAUCUUCACCUAGCAGUACGAUUAUUUAUAGCAACUUCUGGAGCCCAUGAUCCACUGACACGCAGCAUACCCGUACUGCAGGGUGGUCGACCAAAAGCGUUGGCAGGUUGUAAUUCGUGUAAAAGGCGCAAGUUAAAUUGUACAAGGUGGAAACCGUCCUGCGAAGCGUGUCAGGUUUUCCAAUGUCCAUGUAUAUAUAGUGGAAAAUCGGAGAUAGAUGAUUCCAAGAUCGAGGACUACAACGUUGCCAGCCUAUCAGUACAACAAGCAAAGUGGCAAUCUUACGGAUUGAAAGAUACGGGGGAAUACUUACAAUAUCUGUUCCAGGAUGAUGGACAACCAAUCACGCAUGAAGCUACUAUAAAUGACGAACCUCAAACAACUCAUUCGAAUAAUAUUGGGGGGGCACUAAACCAACAAGCCAAUUGA